AUGGCAGAACACCAUCCACUUCCCGCGCUGCCUCCUCAGCAACACCAGCCGAACCAGCAAUACUAUCCGCAAAACGACGACGAAUAUCAAGAACAAGCCCCGUAUCGUCCAUACCAGCAGUACGAGCAACCUCAGCCUGUUCAACCGCCGCCGUCCCGCGGUCAACCCCAGACCCAGAAUCGACAGCAACAACAGCAACAACAGCAGCAGCAGCAGGAACAGCAGAGACAUCCCAGAUCGCGACCGAGGACUUUCAGUUUCCAGUCAAACAAGUCCCAUAAGAGCUCGGGAAGCACUGGGAAGAUCGACUUACACGAGACAACCGAGGAGAAGGAAGCUAGAAGACUCCAUACCAAGGCAGACCCCACCGUCGCUAUGAGCGAAGCUGAGCCUUCUGCCGUUCAGGCUAUGACCAAAUCUUCUCUGGCUCCCCUGCGCUCGAUUCAACAUAAAGACGGUCUCGGCAAUCCCAUUGCUGAACCUGAUCGAUCCAACCCAACCCGCAGUCGAUGGGAGCGACCUCUGGAUACGAUCCGCAGCUUCGAGGCCGCCAUCGAUGGAGGUUAUCGUGACCGAGACCGCCAUACCGAGUCCAUCGCAACAUGGAACCGACGGAGCAGUUACUAUGCGACUAGCGGAGGUCGUCACCCCCAAGACAGCUACUAUGGUAGCCGACCGACUUCGUACCGGCCCGAGAGCAGCCAGUUUGGCAUGGGAAACAAUCGCCAAAGUUACUACGACAAUUACCAAAACGGCGGAGGCUACUACAAUGGGAACGACAUCCCUUACCGCCAAAGGGUACCGAGAACUCAGACCGACCCUCACAUGGGUGGCUAUGGACGAGGCGAUCAGAACAUCUACCCUCUUCCCAACAAGGAUCGCUCGUACGAGACUGUUACAUCGGCUGCCGGUAGUGGAAGCUCCGCGGAGCAGGCAGGGUACCACACAGAUCCGACCAGCAGCGACAACAGCUCCAUUGAGCGCGAACGCGAGCGCGCUCCACCCCCUAAGCCGGAGCCGAUCAACGACUAUGGCAUUGGCUUUAGCCAACCCCAAUCAUACCAACCGGCAGCGUUCAAGGUCGACAAUGGUGCACCGAGCAGCCAACAGCAAGCCUACCAGCCAGUAAGCAGCGGCCCUGCGAUGCCCGAGAAAGCGAACGUGCUCCGAAGACCGGCAGCUGCUCCCCAGAAACAGCCAACGCCGCAACGGCCCGAGUCUGUCAAGAGAAAGAGCUGGUUUUCUCGCAGGUUCAGCAAGUCGUCGUGA